GCCGGGCGCCGCUCUUCCCGCCUCGAACGAAAGGAGCCAAGAUGGCGGCGGCGGCGGGGAGCGGUGGGGCCGCCGCGGCUUCUGUGCUGAGCCGAAGCCGGUUCCGAGGCUGCCUGCUCGGAGCGCUGCUGGGCGACUGCUUGGGCGGCGGCUUCGAAGCUUUCGAGACGGUCAACUUGGCGGAGCUGCUGCGCUUCGUGCGCUCCCUUCAGCCGCCCGAGAAAGAACGGCCGGCCCAAGACAGGUUGGCACCUGAGGUGAACCACAAAACAUCCUCCCCAGCCAGGCAAGAAGGAGAGUGUGAAGAUUUGCACCAGGAACAAGGGGGUUAUACGGAUCCACAUAGGGAAGAUUUGGGAAUCCACUUCUACAGUGAUGACACAGCUAUGACUCACUCGAUAGUGAGGUCACUACUAGCCAAGCAGGACUUUGAUGAAGUGGAUAUGGCAAAGCGGUUUGCUGAAGAAUACAAGAAAGACCCUGACCGGACCUAUGGUGCCAGUGUGAUUACUGUAUUCAAGAAACUUCUCCGCCCAAAAUGCAGAGAUGUGUUUGAGCCAGCGAGACAGCAGUUUAACGGGAAAGGCUCCUAUGGGAAUGGUGGUGCCAUGAGAGUAGCAGGCAUUUCACUAGCUUACUCUAACGUUCAAGAUGUAAAGAAGUUUGCCAAAUUGAGUGCUGAAUUGACCCACUCCAAUUCCUUGGGCUAUAAUGGAGCCAUACUGCAGGCUUUGGCAGUUCACUACGCUCUACAGAGUGUAGAGCUGAAUCGGGAAAAGUUCGUGGAGCAGCUGAUAGGCCACAUGGAGGAAGUGGAAGCAGAUGACAAGUCUGUUGCGGAUGCACGAAUGCUGGGCUAUGAGGAGUUGCCAUAUUCAAAGCGUCUAAAGAAGAUCAAAGAAUUUUUGGAGCAGAGCACCGUGUCAAAAUCAGAUGUGGUGUCAGAAUUAGGCAAUGACAUUGCAGCCCUGCGCUCUGUCCCCACUGCUAUCUAUUCCUUUCUGCGCUGCAUGGAGUCUCACCCAGAUAUCCCUGAGGACUUCAACAGUCUGCAACGGACCAUUGUCUACUGCAUCUCAUUGGGUGGGGAUACAGACACCAUUGCUACAAUGGCUGGGGCAAUUGCUGGGGCGUAUUAUGGGGAAGAGCAGGUGCCCCGAAGCUGGAAGUAUAGCUGUGAAUCUUUUGAGGAGACAGAGAAGUUGGCUGACAGCUUGUAUGAACUCUACUGCCAGCGGAUUUGAGCCAUGGAAAAAGGAACCCUGUACCUCGUCAUCAGAACUGUGUUUCUGUUUCAUCUUCCAAAGAAGAACAAUUGCUCAAAGUGCCAGUUGCUUUCUGCUGCAUACAUAAUAUCUUGCUCCUCUUACAGUCUCUGAUUUUUAGACUUUUAUUAUUAAAUCUCAGUUGGAGUCAAA